AGGUUCAUGUUGGUAGUGGUGGAUGAGUAGAGGUGUAAACAUUGGUGGGUGUGAGAGGACGUCUGGUGGACGGGCUGGCUGGCCACAGCAUAAUAUAAGCAUUCCUGGAGGUAUGAUAGAUACAAUGGAGGAUGAAUUUGAUCCUUAUGGUCUUCCCCCUGAAGCGGCUACACCACCCCAUGCACUGAUUGGAAUGAUGGGAUUGGAUAUAGAGAAAGCAACACACAAAGCUGUGUGGGAAGCAUUUGCACUUAACCGGAGGACAGAUCGGACCCCACUACACUUCCGGCUCCUCUCUAAUGAUUUCCAGAUGCCUCUUAUGAAGCAGAAGAGACAAUCCUAUGAAUGGUAUAUACCCAAGGGCAUCCUAAAGUCCAACUGGAUCUCCAAAUACCUUUACCAUGUUCCAGCACUUAUUGUGUUAUUCUAUGACCUGGACUGGAAUGACAGCAACUGGACCGAAAAGAAGAAUGACCUUGCUGGUAGAGUUCAAACACUGAAGACUGCUAUGGGGGGUCGCAACAGCCGUGUAGCUCUAGUUCUUAUCCAGAGUGGGAUCAGUGUGCCAGGCGAGGACACAGGAGCAGCCGAGAAGGCUGCAACUCUGUGCACUGCCUGUGAUCUACCUGCUAAACAUCUAUUUGUAUUGCCUCAUUCUGAUGCUCAUCUUUUAGGAUAUACUGUAAGAUUGGAAAAUGCCUUGAGUGAGAUAGCCUGGACAUUUUAUCUUGGCGAGGCAAAAGGUGUAAGAGCUCAUCGUGAUUUUCUCAACAAAACUAAUCACACACUUCUGUUUGUGCGCCACCAGUUUAAACUUGGUUUCCUGAACGAGCUGCGAAAUGAUCCACAAACGGCUAUCAAGCACUAUGCACAGUGUUACCACCUACUUCUGGACCUACGUUCAACAGACACCAACUUGCACGAAAUACGCAUCGUUGCAGCAGUUGUUAAUUACAAAAUCUGUCGACUGGAUUUCACCCUUAAUCUUCCCAGAGAUGCAAUUGCCCAAUUCAGACGCCACAUUGAUCUGUUUCGUCAAAGAACAGGACCCAAGGAAUUAAUAUUUGAGCAUUAUGCAUGGCUCUCAAAGCAAUACCAGCUCUUUGGAGAUGUGUUUGAGGAAGCUGUUAGAGGAGGUCUUCCUGCAGUCCAGACACAACACCCAGGUUUCUACUAUCAGCAAGCCGCUCAAUAUGCUGUUUUGAGGAGAAAGACAGCAUUACAAGUCUGUAAGGAAUUGUCGGCUCCGGUGUCGGACUUACUGGAGGGAUGGAGCAAGUUGGAGUUCUAUGGGCAGCGUCCUUGGCGGCCAGGCAAACAUUCCCUUGAACCUCCAGAACAACAGAGAGAAACAGAGGGAAUAAAGGAAGUACAGUACCAUGAAGUUAAAGAAGUAAACCAUUCCAAUACCAUCAUUCCAUUAUUUUCUUCUGCAAUUAGUCAGUUUAAGAAAUAUCGAUGUCCACGUAUCAAGCGACAUCUUAUGGUUCAAAUGGCAGAAGAAUAUCACCAAGCCAAUGAUUCAUCCAAAGCUCUCACGUUGUUGAAUCAUGUGAUGUGGGACUAUCGUAGUGAAAAGUGGUGGAGUCUUCUGUCAUCAGCCUCGGCUUUGGCCCUUCAGUGUGCAUACAAUACUGCUUCCAUCACAGAGUACUUUGGCCUAGCCCUGGAGUUUAUGGGCACAAGGUUGUUGGCAUCACCUGAGGAUAAGAGAAGGGUGCAUGAAAACUUAAUUAAACUGUUGAGGGGACAUUCUCCUGACCCAGAGCCGGGAACAUCCUCCGAGGUUAUUACUGUAGCCACUGAAGCAUGGUCCGUUUUAUUAGGAAGCCAAGUAUCGCCUGUCACCGUUGACAUGACAACCUUGGUGCCGUGCCUUGAGGUGCGAGCAUCUUUUACUCAAAACCAGUUUCAUGUUGAUCAGGAAGUGGGUAUAACAGUUAUGAUCAGAAACUCGUACUUGUCAACCCUAUUCCUCAGUGCUCUGAGUGUUAGCACCAACGCUUCAACUUACAACGAUCGACUUUUGGAAACCCAACCAGACAAGUUGGUCCUUCCUCCUGGCCAAGUGACCGAGAUCUACCUCAGCUUUGUUCCUCUAGUGGAAGAUGUGGGAAAAAAAGUUAAAGUGACAGGGGUGCGUGCUCAGAUGAGUGUGCCAAGCAGCAGCCUAGUUGUAAGCUUACAGUGGUCAGGAACAGGGAAUGAAGGAGUUGCCAUGCAUGCUGCUAAUACCCCAGCAUUCCCAGAGUUCAACUUGCUCUACAAAGACAAGUUUGACAUCACUGUUCCCAUUGCUGAAAUGGAAAUUCUGCCUCGCCAGCCCCGCCUUACUGUUAAGGUUGAGCAUGAUACCACAGCCCUAGUGUGGGAGUGGCUGCCAGUGAAAAUUUACCUCGCCAAUUUGGAAGGCAGUUUAGCUUCAGAUAUUUCCCUAAGCUUUGGACUAGACCCAGCUUCACAUGUUAACCUGGAGCAUGUUACACAAAUUUGUACAUCAUCGGGUCUACUCAGUGACAAGUUGGGGUCUCAAAUAAACAGCUUCAGUAGUGGAGAAUUAGGUGUUGGAGAAGAAUCAUCCAUGACAUUUUAUGUCAAAUCUCUCACUGCAUCUGAACGAGUACUGACACUGAAGGUUGAAUAUACUGUGUCAGUAUCAUCUGGUGACUCGGUUGUUCACUGUCCUUGUGUGUGCGAGAAAAGCAUUGUUCUCCAGGCAAGAAUUCCAUUUCAGGUCACUGUGGAAACCCAGUCAUUAAAAUUUGAAAAAUUAUCAAGAGUAGCUGGUGGUGAGUGCUUCUUGGUGGUUCCCAAAAUUAAGUGUACAUCACAUGUCCCCAUUACACUCACUGACUCUUCUCUGGCUCUGGCUAAUGAAGUUAAUCAAGUUGGGACAGAAGUAAAGUCACAGAUAAUGAAUACAGUGCUGUCUGAAGGAGAAAUGGGUGUUGAUUGCUUCUGCAUUCUUCUUGGCAAAAAGGCAACUCCUAAUUCAGCAUUAACUCUCGGGCAGUAUGUCCUGUACUGGAAAAGAUCGGACAAUGACUCGCCAGCUGUGAGCGUGAGUGUAGGCUUACCGUCCCUAGUGGUAGAACACUGGGGGGUCUGGGUAGACUGUGAAGUUGUUCCACAAGGAACAGUACGCACACCACUACCGCUGGCCUACAUCAUAUCAAAUCAUGGUGCACACACUGCAGAACUUGCCUUAAACAUGCAGGUUUCAGAUGCAUUUAUGUAUGCAGGACACAAGGAGGUACGGUUACGUGUGUUGCCAGGUUGCAGUGAACGAGUGACUUACACGCUAUAUCCUUUACUUGCCGGAAAUGUUCACUUACCAAAACUAACAUUAAGUGUUGAGUCCCACUCUCCAGGCCAACCAACUUCCCUUGAUGCUCUGUUAACACGCAUUUUACCUACACAUGUUUACAUAAUGAAGUACGUGAUCUCUUUCACCACAGCUGUGUUAAACUGUCGGAUAAAGGGAGAUGUAGGAGAAAUCUGUUGCAAUAAUUAUGGUAGGCUCUGGCUAGUACUUGGUGUGUAGAAAGUUAGCGAGAUUGGGAAGAUAGCCACUGGUCUUAUGGUCUAUUAUCUCUUCUUAAAAUCUUGGAAAUCCUAAAAAACAGGAGAGAACUGUGUGAAAUUAUUCAUAAAGCCCCAGAUUUGUUGGUAAAACACUGUUUAGUGUACUCUCAUUGUCUUCAUCUAUUACAAACACUACUGUUAAGUGCUUGUCUAGCAUUUGUUAAUGGCCUUCAUGCAGUUUGUUUUAAAUGUAGAUAUAUUUAGGUAAAUAACAUUUCCUUUCAUACUGCUUGUCAAUUGUCUGCACUUCCUUAGAGUACAUUCUGCACCUUUUGUCCCAAAUUUUUCCACUUGUGAUUGUACAGGUGUGAGUGUUGAGUAAUUCAAUAGGUUGGAGGUCAAGGGAUAGUAUUAAAAACUUUGUGCUCUUCAUCCCCAAGCAUUUCUAAUCGGACUGAACUACGUAAAAUGGUUAUAUUGAUAGCUGUUGUGGAAAUGGUGGUAGAAAGUUUGAGCAUCCACGAAUCUUGUGUUGAAGUUCCUAGAAGCAUGCCAUUACUAGUUAGGAGUAAGAGCUGGUGCUGACGUCCCAUAUAUUCUUUAUUAUUAUUGAGAAACUUGCUUGAAUGAAGGUGAAGGGAAGAUCCAAUACAUGUUCAAGUUUAUUAAAACUAAAUUAUUUUGGAUGCCACAUUCAUCUAAUAUGAAGGUGCUGUAAACGGUGGUCUCGCAAGAUUCUAAGAGCUUGUUUGUUUUGCAGGGUGCCUCGUGUGAUGUCCAUCAUCUGACGCUAUGAUCAUGCUUUCACGGGACUCGCUAAGGGAUGCUGAAUCUUCAUAUAGACGCUCAAUCAUCUUGGUUUCUGGAAACUGUGGGCGGUACAUCGCAGAAACAUUAUCCCCAGCUUGAACAUGACAAGGUCUGUGCUUAUGAAUUAAUCUAAGAAUAAUUAUGGUUAAUCAGAUA